GCGCCUAUUCCCGCACCCUGCUAGCCAUCCUUCUUUCCGGCGAAAUCUCACCCCAAAGCCAUCCUUCGUUAGCAAUGGUGUCACAUCCGCACGAACCGGCGACGAGUGAACCUGUGUCUUCCCCUCUCUGCUACCUCUCCUAUCUGCAUCUUACCCUUCUGUUUCCAGCCCAAUAUUCUGUGUGCUCAUUUUUCAAAGAGGCCGGAACUUUGGUGCAGUCUGCAUUGACCAAGAAGCAAUUGAAGGACUUUAAGAAGCUAUCAUGGGGCCACCUAAUACCCGUUCAAGAGAUACAAUUUAUGAAUAUAUGUCUGACUGUACGAUGUGUGUGGAAUAUUGUACAAUAAUUAAUGUUUAAUGUUGUACAAUGUUCAACAAUUGGAUGGAACAUUAAGUUUGUGUUUUUGUAUAUGUUGCAAACUUUAGAAAUGUGGC